GCGCCUCUUUCCCAUAUUACCUGGGUCCACGGGUACUUUUUACUACUCAUUGUUCAUCAUAAAUUGAUCGAAUUCCUGGGGAAAUAUAACUUAUCAACAUUAAACCUCAGAAAGCGGAUCCCAUCAAUAUGUGCUUUAUUUUCACCUGCGGAGAACAUGAGUUCUCAUCCCAACUUCAGGGAUACGAGAAUGUGCUAUGCCAAUGCCAUAACUGUGGAAAUUAUUCUGCGAAAGUCAUAAAGAGACAUCCCUGGUUCACAUUCUGCUUUAUUCCGGUCCUCCCAUUGAGCUUCCAUGCUUACGAAGAUGUUAUCUGCUCCAUCUGCAAUUUCGCACAACCACUCCAAAAUCGACCAGAUGUUCAAUCACAGAUAAAUGGAGGAGGUCAAGUGCCAUUACAGAAUCAACCCCCAGGUGGCGGCGGCGGCGGUGGUGGUCCUGCGAAUCCUGGUUGGGCAGGAGGUCCACCAGGUGGUAAACCACAACAACCUAUGCAGUACGCGUAACAUAUCGCAUGAGAGAGGUAGAUUAGGAGAUGGCCGAAGCUACAGGGAGAGUUCGCGUUAGGGAUACUUCAAGACUAUAUCAAUACAUGCGAUCCAGGACACUCAGACUGGAAGGAGAAUUGGGUCGGAGGGCGUGGUACGGAGUUUCAUAACGGAAUUCGGGAUUGGUUGGCACUAUUGGUGAUAUUUUGAUCUUGGGCAAGAAUUAAUUUGGUCUUAUGUUCUUAGGAAGAAUUGUUAAUGCGAUAGCUAUUUUCUAUGUCCUGAAGUAUCAGGUUCCUGUUGUCGACAUGUUGGUCUCCGUUUGACUUCGCAAGCUUCCGAUUGACCAUUGUUCAUGAAAAGGAGAUUGAGAGGUCAUCUCUUGGAUAAUCGAAUACUCUCUAGAUGAACACUAAGCAACUCUUCGGGAUUAGUGAAAUACAAUUAUCCAGAUUGAUGUACAUUGGCAACGAUUUGGAGUCCGCCAUCCAAAGGAAAUGAUAAUGAAACAGUCUUUGGUGGGAUGAUUGAUUUACCCUCUUAUUGAUUGGUGUCCUAGAAGAUCAUUUCUGCGAUUGGCACAUUCAUUAGAGAAGCUGUCAACG